ACUUACCCUUUUUCUCUCUCUCAUGUCCUUUUUAUUCUAUACUUUUAUACUCUUCAAUUAUAUCUCUUUCUCCCCAUCAUAUCUAUGAACUUUUUUCCUCCCCUAUCUAACUCAUCAUCCACCCCCAACCUCUUAACCUCACUCUGCACUUUUUGCCUUUUCCUUUUUAAGUGCAUAUAUAUACACAUCUCUAUCUAUAUAUAUAUAUAUAUAUAUAUAUAUAUAUACUCAAUUCCUAAGUUCCUCUACAUCAAACAUAGACAUUCACUUGCCUCCCCACCCCACCCCCAAAAAACCAAGAAAAUAUGGCUCAAGUUCAAGAAAGUCGCAUCUCACAAGGCAUCAAGUUGUUUGGUGCAACAAUACAAGUUCAAGCAAAACAAGCUGCAAAAGGUCUUGAUCAUCAUCAACAACCAAACAAAGUUGAUCAUGAUCAUGAUAUUGAUGAAGAUCAAGAAAAAAAGCCAGACAAGAUCAUCCCUUGCCCUAGAUGCAAAAGCAUGGAAACCAAGUUUUGUUACUUCAACAACUACAAUGUUAACCAACCAAGACACUUUUGCAAAGGUUGUCAAAGGUACUGGACGGCCGGUGGGGCCUUACGGAACGUGCCCGUAGGAGCCGGCCGUCGCAAGGCCAAGCCGCCUUGUGGCGGCAGCGACGGCGACAUGGCUGCCGGAUUAUCAGAUGGUUGCUUCUUUGAUGUUACUAAUCAUGGGAAUAUUCACCAGCUUGACUUUGAUGGAGUGGUGGCUGAGGAAUGGCAUCUUUUUCCGGCGGCCAAGAGGAGGAGGAGCACCUCCGGUAGCCAAUCUUGUUGAUUCUCUAUUUGUCUUGUAGUGCUAAAUUAUUCUAUGUGGAAUUAGUAAAUGAAAAAAUAAUGGAAAGAGAAAAAAAUACAAAAAAAUAAAACAUUUGCAGGCCGACUUUGCUUCCUUGAUUGUAUAUAAAAGCUGUCUUUAAUUAGUUAUUAAACAAAGUAGUCUUAAUUACUUACUUAA